GCACGGUCAUACUGAACAGCUGAUAAGAGCCAACAAAGCAUUCGUUAUGCUGAAGCGCAAGUUGAAUCAGCAGAAGGACAGUCUGGAGGAUGGGGAGCCCACGAAGUCUGCGCCCAGGCAGGAUAGUACAUCCGAUUUCUUCGCUGAGCCGCUGUGGCAGAAAUUCUAUGAGACCGAAGUCAGGUUGAAUGAGGCGCUGGACAAAUUGGCUGCUCCUGCAAGCACCCCGUUCAUCUAUAACCCGAUAGUGUAUGCGUCCCAGCUGCACCGCGACUACUUGCGUCUUUAUAUGGACGGUCCCAAGAAGCUGGUAUUUGUUGGGAUGAAUCCGGGACCCAAUGGAAUGGCCCAAACCGGAAUUCCCUUUGGCAAUGUGCGCACGGUAAAGGUGUCAAUGCAGCUGGCAGGACCGGUGGACCAACCUCCUGCCGUGCACCCCAAACGUCCUGUCACUGGCUUGGAUUGUCGGAUCGAGGAGCCCAGUGGCGUGCGUCUGUGGGAACUAUUCCUCCGAUUGGCAGGCAGCAUGCAGAUCUUCUCCCGGCAAUGCUUCGUCCACAAUUUCUGUCCGCUGGCGUUUUUCGGCGCAGACGGCAAGAACAUAACACCCAGUGAACUUACUGGGCCCUACAAAAAGCAGCUUAGAGAUCUGUGCUUGGAAACCCUGGAGGAGCAACUGGAGCUGCUUAAGCCCCAUGUCAUUGUGGCUGUGGGGGAGUACGUCCUCAGUGCACUGAAGCGUUUGGCAUACGGCAAAUCUCACUCCGUUCUAGUGCUCCGACUGCCGCAUCCGAGUCCGCGGUCCGCCAAUAACACCAAGUGGCCCGAAAAGGCGCAAGCGUUUUUGGAGGAGAACAACCUAAUCCGAUUCAUGCGGAAUGAAUCCUGAGUUUGCAAAUUUGCAACUCCUUAGACUCAGAAAACAAAUUACAAACUUUUCAAAUUCCU